GAGCGUCGCGAAGGUCGGAAUUGCCGAUUUGUCAGUGAUCUUCACGACGUCCCAUGUCUCGAAGUUCAGCCCCAUUCUCCUGACAGAGACAUGCAGUCUUCUACUCUUUAGCUUCGUGUGUCGAGACUGAGUUCUGCCGCAGCCAUGGCUCGGGCGAUGGCGGCGAAGCUGUUUCUGAGGCGAUCUGCGUCGUCGGCGUUGCUCCCUCAAUUGCAGGUUAGUGGACGAGCUGCCUCUCCGUUCCGAAAUGUUGCUGCACGUGACGAUUCGUCAGAAUGUGCGAUCAGUGAUUUUCAGCCGCGACACCGCUGGCACAGCACCCUUGGAGGAUCGGAGGCGUCCAGUGGAUUCCCAGGGUUGAUGCGUGAUGGUAUUUGGUCAGCAGGAGGGAUUAAGCGAUCCAUGUAUACUGAAGUUGCAGCUGCUCGAGUAGGAAAACGGCCUCCUGGAGUAGCAGAAUCGCAAGUGGAUGCACUUGACGGCAUCGAAGAAAUGGCUGCUGGUGCUGGAGCGUCCGCCAGAAUGUCUAUAGUCUUGAAAUCAUUUGAGAAAAUUCAACCAGGAAAGCUGAAGAACGUCAGCAAAGUGGGUUUACCUACAACUCGAAUCCUCUUCACCGUCAACCGAUCACCACAUGUGGACAAGAAGUCCCGGGAGCAAUUUGAGAUGAAGACGCGCAAGAAGCUCCUAGUUAUGGAUAUGGACGUGGGAAAGCUUCGAGAGAAGUACAACCAGCUGAAGAAUCAUAAUAUGUUGGGUGUUCAACUCAAAGUGAACUUUCAUUACAGAACACGACUAGACAUGAGCAGGAUAAAGGGUCACGUGACGGAGGCAACCGUGUUAAAGCACCCGGAGGAGGAGAAGAUCGAUGUUGGGCAAUGAGAAAAGGAAGGAUUUGUAGCUAGCUGAUCGCUCAACCUGCAGCAAAGAUCAACUUAGAUCUUGCUGAUUCGAUUCUAGAGAAAGAUUGAUAUGCAUGUAUGGAAUCACUGAAGUCUCUUUUGUCUACCUUAAACAUCAAAUCAUUUAUUCACUUGCAGAAGUAGGAAGGAUUUGUGAGUUAUGCGCAGCUGUUCCACGUUGUGAAACACACCUCUGGCACUCAAGGCUCCAAUGAAUUCGUGUGGUGAUCUAACAGGGCAAAGAUCUCUCUGAUGUAAUUCUUUAGUAUGCAAAUGGAUACAUCGAAUAUCAGAUCCAAAAGAUAUGCUACAGUUGGAUUUAAAGAGAAGCUUUUUGGUUUUCA